GCUGCUUUGUUUCUCAGGUUUGUUCAAGAUCAAUAAACUUGGAAAAUGCUUCCGAAGCACUGAAGAGAAAAAUGGCAGCAUUUCUCAAAAACUUGUGUUUGGGUUUGGAAGAUCUUCAGCUUGUCUUCAUGAUUUCAUCUCAUGAGCUGUUCAUAAAACUUCUGAAAGAUGAUGAACGGAAGCUGCUCAUUGAUCAAAUGCGGAAGAGAUCUCCUCGAAUCAACCUGUGCACAAAACCUGUGACUUCUUUUUAUGAUAUCCCAGCUUCAGCAAGUGUCAAUAUUGGCCAGCUUGAACAUCAGCUCAUAUUGUCAGUAGAUCCUUGGCGGAUUCGCCAGAUCUUAAUUGAGUUGCAUGGUAUGACUUCAGAACGCCAAUUCUGGACUAUUUCGAAUAAGUGGGAAGUACCAAAUGUUUACGGCAAUGUUAUUUUAGGAAUCAAAGACAAUCUGACUAGGGAUUUGGUCUACAUCCUUAUGGCGAAGGGAUUACACUGCUGUGCAAUUAAGGAUUUUGUCCAUGCAAAACAGCUUUUUGCUGCUUGCUUGGAGCUUGUGACAGAGUUUUCUCCAAAACUCCGUCAAGUCAUGCUGAAUGAAAUGUUACUUUUGGACAUUUACACUCAUGAAGCUGGAGCUGGUGUUUCUGGUGAACGUCCUCCUUCUGAUCUUAUAAGCAGAGUCCGAGGAUAUCUGGAAAUGAGAGUACCUGAUAUUCCUCUUCGACAAGUUAUAGCUGAAGAAUGUGUUGCCUUCCUGUUAAACUGGUGUGAGAAUGAGUAUUUGACCAUGCAAGUUCCAUUACCUCUGGUUCAAACUAAUCCUUAUGUAAAGCUGGGGCAGUUGCUGGCUGCUACUUGCAAAGAACUUCCAGGUCCCAAAGAAAGUAGACGGACAGCUAAAGACCUUUGGGAAGUAGUCGUACAAAUCUGCAGUGUAUCCAACCAGCACAAACGGGGGAAUGAUGGCAGAGUGAGUUUGAUAAAACACAGGGAGUCUACAUUGGGCAUUAUGUACAGGAGUGAAUUGCUGUCCUUCAUCAAAAAGCUUCGGGAACCAUUGGUUUUAACCACAAUAUUGUCCCUGUUUGUCAAGCUUCAUAAUGUUCGGGAAGACAUUGUGAAUGAUAUUGCAGCAGAGCACAUUUCCAUCUGGCCCUCAUCCAUCCCCAAUCUUCAAUCAGUGGACUUUGAAGCUGUGGCUGUUACAGUAAAAGAGCUAGUCAGCUAUGCAUUGACUAUCAACGCAAACAACCACUUCUGGUUAAUUAUUCAGGCAGAUAUUUAUUUCGCAACAAAUCAGUAUUCAGCAGCCCUUCACUAUUACCUACAGGCAGGAGCUGUAUGCUCAGACUUCUUUAAUAAGAUGGUACCACCAGAUGUGUACACAGACCAGGUGAUAAAAAGAAUGAUCAAGUGUUGUUCUUUACUCAACUGUCACACUCAGGUAGCUAUUUUAUGCCAGUUCCUCAGAGAAGUAGACUAUAAAACUGCAUUUAAGGCACUGCAGGAACAAAACAGUCAUGAUGCCAUGGAUUCUUACUAUGAAUACAUCUGGGAUGUCACCAUCUUGGAGUAUCUGACAUAUCUCCACCACAAAAGAGGCGAGACAGACAAGCGGCAGAUAGCAAUAAAAGCCAUUGGCCAGACAGAGCUGAAUGCCAGCAACCCCGAGGAAGUCCUACAGCUUGCUGCACAGAGAAGAAAAAAGAAGUUUCUUCAAGCAAUGGCAAAACUUUACUUCUAGGCUAGGGCUGGAAGAUUGUUAUAAAAUGUGUGGAAGUGAAAGAAAUCUUUCAAGACUUUAUUAUUUUUUUUAAAUUCAUUUAAAAUUUUUAUACAACAUAUACAGUCUAGUAUCUUUCUUUUUAGAAAUAGAUGAAAUCUUAUAAUAAACCCCUUAUUUUUACAAACUGUACAGAA